UGCGGUGAGGGGGCUGAGGCGGGAGAUGACGUCAGCGCGGCCGACACGCUUUUCGGCUUUCGGGUGCGAUCCUUCGCGGACGGCAUCCGCCUAAUCGGCGGUCACCGCGAUUCCAAAGUUUGCGUCAAAAAUACCGGAGCGGGUGGGCGCCACGAAGCGGGCUCUGCGCAAGAGGACUGUGCACUCAUUCCGCGAGCCGGCGCCGACGCCGACGCGCCUCGAACGACCGACCGACCGACACCCGCCGUCCGAGACGACGAGACAUGCUCGGACAUCGACAUGGGUAAUGUGCAGUGCUGCUCUAGCGAUCUCCAAGAGGGGAAACAGAUUAAAAAACAGAAGAACAAGAAGAAGACUAAAAAGAAGCAGAAGAAGAAUAGCGGAAACAUCAACGGGCUUGGUGGUGCUAAAUUAGACUCUAAUUGUGGUGAGAAAGUAGCAACUGUGGCGGAAGACACUGAACGCGCAGCGCCUAAGGAGGCGCAAGCGCAGAAUAUGCAUCCUGACAUCAAACCUGUGAAUAAAUCGCAGGAGUCAUUAAAUGUGACACAGCCCGAUGAUACCAAUUCCAACAAGAGCCAGCCUUCGCAGAAUGAAUCCAUGGCAGCGGCGAGAGAACGGUUCUUUAAUCAGGUAAGAAUUGCGAAUGCACCGGUACGUUCAGAGGAAUCCUUGCUGUCACCGACAAAGACUACAAAGAGUACACGAUGGAUACCAGAAUUCAACCUGGAUGGCAACAACAGCCUAAAACACAACGGGAGUGCAAAGGACUUGGCCUCCGUGAUGGAGAACCUAAAGAAGAACAGCCUCGUCUCCCGCCAGAACCAGACCCUCAACACCCAAGUCACCAGUUCCUCUAAGCAGCAGAUGGUAUCGAGCACCACAUCGAGCAGUGCCGCCACCAGCCAGAGGGUUCAAAGCUCGUCGCAACGCGCCAGUUCCAUGAAGUCGGACCUCACGGAGCUAAAGAGUUCCAUCUCUGAAAUGAAAACUCUCAGCAACACCGCCGCUUUGAACUUCGGACAAAGAUUGAGAAGUUCAAUGGAGAAUAUAGUAGAUCAGGACGACAUGAAGGAACGUCACAUACCAGAUAUCCGUGAUCUGAGUGAGAUGGGUGACAUAGGAGAUAUGAGUGACAUGACUGACCUGGCCGGCGACGGGCCGCUGGUCACCUUUCCAGAAUCUGACACUCCACCACCUGACAAACAGUGUCUGCUGGCUCCGAACUCAUCAUCUGUUGGUACAAAUGCUGCUAACGAAUUGAAAUACAGUGCAGCUAGAAUGACAUCGGCCAGUUCGACUCGUGUAGUGACCGAUGGAUACAGUGCCUCCAAAUCGGCAGCCAAUAGCACCAGGAUGCGCCGUCUGCAGCACGGAGACAUGCAAUACGCUGAGCACAGCGCAGCAGGAGCGUCGCACAGACUUUUACAAGCCGAGGGUCUUACAGCUGAACAGAACGCUGCCUAUCAUCAAGAAAAGCGUUCUCUACAAGCGGGGGAAGUAUCAGCUCAGGAGGCGAAUAACAUGUCCGCGACCAGUUCGAGAUUACAAACGGAGGCUUUCAGUGCUGAGAAAAAGGCGAUGGCAUCAUCACAGGCGAGACAGACGGUCACUUCCAGUGGAAUUUUCAGUCACAAAGAACAUUCAAGCGUCGCUCACUCCAACAUGACCAUAUCCAGCAAGAAUCUUAGCACUAAAUCAACAUUACUAUCGUCUCAAAUGAGUCAACUGUUGAAUGGGACAGUGAAACCGGGAGACGAAGACCUCUCCAACCUAACAUUCGAAGAUUUAGACAAAUUGGAUGCUAAGUCGAAUCAGAAGGACGUAGAUUUAGCGAUUCAAAAAUAUUCACACAGGAUGAACGCUUUCAUAACGGCCAUAAAAAAUAAUCAGAUAGACAUGAAAAACGCCUGCGUCCAUUUCAUGAAGUUGAACGAGAUGGUCAAAAGAGCAUGGGCUGUGCCUACAUACGGCCAUGAGUUAGGGUACUCGUUGUGCAACACGCUAAGAUCGUCCGGCGGUUUGGACAUUUUGAUGGCGAACUGCUUGGAAUCCAAUAACCCGGAUCUCCAAUUCUGUUCCGCUAAACUAUUGGAGCAAUGUCUCACCACUGAAAAUAGAGAUCAUGUAGUGCAAAAUGGUCUCGAAAAAGUCGUUAACGUGGCCUGUGUGUGCACGAAGCAUUCGAAUUCAGUCGAUCACUCAAGAAUAGGUACUGGGAUCUUGGAGCAUUUGUUCAAACACAGCGAAGGUACUUGCAGUGAUGUUAUCAAGCUGGGAGGUUUAGACGCCGUUCUGUUUGAAUGUAGAAAAAAUGACGUGGAAACUCUGAGGCACUGCGCAACAGCUCUGGCGAACUUAUCACUAUACGGCGGCGCUGAAAACCAGGAAGCCAUGAUAAAAAGAAAAGUACCCAUGUGGCUGUUCCCUCUAGCCUUCCACAACGACGACAACAUCAAAUACUACGCGUGUUUAGCCAUCGCUGUUUUGGUAGCCAACAAAGAAAUAGAAGCAGCCGUCUUGAAAUCCGGAACCUUGGAUCUGGUUGAACCCUUUGUUACUUCACACAACCCGUCGGAGUUCGCCCGAUCAAACCUAGCGCACGCUCACGGUCAGAGUAAGAACUGGCUUCAAAGAUUAGUCCCGGUUUUGAGUUCAAAGAGGGAAGAAGCGAGGAACCUGGCCGCCUUCCACUUCUGUAUGGAGGCUGGUAUUAAAAAGCAGCAAGGGAAUACAGAGAUAUUUAGAGAAAUAGGAGCUAUAGAAUCCUUAAAGAAAGUAGCCAGCUGUCCGAAUGCUGUCGCGUCGAAAUACGCAGCGCAGGCUUUAAGACUAAUUGGAGAAGAGGUACCACAUAAACUGUCCCAACAAGUACCUUUGUGGUCGAUAGAGGACGUCAGGGAGUGGGUCAAACAAAUAGGCUUCUCUGAAUACGCGAACAAUUUCUAUGAAAGUAGAGUAGAUGGUGACCUUUUGUUACAAAUAACUGAAGCUAAUCUCAAAGAAGACAUAGGUUUAAAUAACGGAAUCAAACGUAAAAGAUUCACGCGAGAACUUCAGCAAUUAAAAAAAAUGGCGGACUACAGUUCACGUGACACGGGGAGCCUUAACGAAUUUCUACAGAGCAUUGGUCCAGAAUACACGAUAUACACGUAUUCAAUGUUGAAUGCUGGUGUCGACAAGGAAUCCAUCCGUGGCCUGAGUGACGAACAGCUGGAAAAUGAAUGCAGAAUAGGCAACAGUAUACACCGGCUACGAAUACUGAACGCUAUACGAGCCUAUGAAAGCACAUUGCCUAGCAAAGGCGAAGAGAAUAUGGAGAAGAAUUUGGACGUUUUCGUUAGUUACCGGAGAUCAAACGGCUCGCAGUUGGCCAGUUUGUUGAAAGUUCACCUACAACUGCGAGGUUUCACCGUUUUCAUAGACGUGGAGCGAUUAGAAGCUGGGAAAUUCGAUAAUAAUCUCCUCCAGAGUAUACGCCAGGCGAAGCAUUUCCUUCUAGUGUUAACCCCAAACGCACUGGAGAGGUGCAAACAUGAUAAUGAACAAAAAGACUGGGUCCAUCGGGAGAUAGUGGCAGCAUUGCAGUCACAGUGCAAUAUAGUUCCAAUUAUCGACAACUUCCAAUGGCCGGAACCGGAAGAGUUACCAGAAGACAUGCGAGCCGUUUGUCACUUCAAUGGCGUCAGGUGGAUACAUGAUUACCAGGACGCCUGUGUCGAGAAACUUGAAAGUUUCCUACGCGGCAAGUCGAACUUAGCAACUCGUCUGGAGGGUCCGCUCCGCGGUCGGGACGUGCCCACUCCCGGGACAGCCGCCAUGCGACCACCAAACUAUCAACGUAUGGUCUCCACUGAGAGCAGGGGCAGUGAUAAAGAUUGACUAGACAUACACACUCUACCGCCUGUCAGGCCGAUACGAAGACGAUCUUCGGCGGAUAAGGCCUCAGCAAAGUCACAGAGCUGUGAUCAACUCACUGACAUCAACAGCACAUCGAAACAGAACUCGCCGGUUAAAACUUUGUAUAGUCUUCCAGAGAGACUAUCUGAAAGUAGCGAUAAUAUAGACUUCAAGGAAUCACAAGAGAAUUCACGUAGGUGUAGAAGCUUCGAAGGCAUAUUGGAUGCGGAUGAUAAAAUGCACACACAACUCUCACUGCCUGCACCACUAGACGCUACUACACAGACAAAGAGGAAAAAGAAUUUCAUGGACAGAUGUGUGAACAAAGUAAGACUUUGCUGAAGACCGCUGCAAAGUGUGGCUUUAGCUAGUGCUCGUGGAGUGUGUAAUAGACUAUCGGACUUAAUAUUUAUGUGGAUCUUAUUCUGAAGUACAAAAAGUGUGCACAAUCAUGUAAAUAUUUUUGUAUGCCACUAUAUAAAUAUUGUUUGUUUUGUACAAACAUAAUCGGUGUUAUAUAUAACGUAAUCUCAAUGAGUGCAUGUAAAACAAUUUUUACAUAUAUUAUGAAAUGUGACAAGUAAUUGCUACCCUGCGAUGUUUGGGAAACAUUGCACCGAGGUUGUAAUAGUAACAGUUUGCUAUUCGUUAUAGUAUGGCAAAUUGCUUUUCUUUAUUAUUUCGCAUAUAAACCUAUGUAUCUCUCUAUACAUUAUCUCCACUCUCUAUAGGACAUAAAAUUUAUUUAUGGUUAUAAUUUUAUUUUUUAUUUUCUUGCCACUAAAUUAUUUUAUAAUUGAAGCAGAUUUUAUGUAAUUAUUUUAUGCAUAUGUGAUAGCUUGGAUCUUUUUACAUAUAUGAAUAAUGAAAAUGUAAGAUUGAUUAUAAAUUAAAUCACACAAUAGAUAUACCUGUCCUCGGAGCCUAUCUACUAUGCCUGUACCAUUUAAAUUAUGUUAUAAUAAUGAGAGCUGUACAAAAUUUUUAGUAUAGGUUUAAAAUAUUUUCACACAAGUUAACCAUAAUUAUGAUAAAUUUACACUGUCAUAAAUAUAUUUAUGUUGUAACCUAACCAUAAAAUAAAUGGUAUAACUUAAAUAA